AUGCCAUUCGGUGAGUUGAAUUUCGUGCCGCCUGGAGUGGGUUGUCUUCAGAAAAUGGCUCAUAAGUAUAUUCCUUUUACGAUUCGUCAAUCUAUCAAACUCGGAAGCGGAAUUUCGACCGAACUCCAAACACCUGACGGGCAAGAAAUCGAGGCUAUGCAAAUUUUCGGGAAACGACACCCAGAUAUUCUUCGAAUGUACGGAUCGCCGGAGGAACUGUGGGAGAAUUUGAAGGAAUACAUCGAUUUUCCAGGAAAUCAUCAAUAUUUUGGAAUCGAUGCAAGUGUCCCGUAUAAUAACCAGUUUUAUCUCAACCGAGAUAUGGAAUCCGACAAGUUCUUCCUCUUGAAAAACGAAAUUUUCCUGUUCAUUCAAACUACGCUGAUCAAGAAUAUGCCUGCUCUUAGAAAUAGAGUGACGCUGAUUAUGCUCACAUAUUUCCUCAAAUCUCAAGAGAAGAAGCUUGGAACCUACUGUGAAUUUGUCGAAUACUUCGAAAGAGAUAUUAUCAAACUCAAUGAAGAACUUGACGAACUUAUAGAAGACUGCACGAUGAGCAUUGAUGACCUCGAACUCGGAGUGGCAUCAGACAUCCGAUUCGACUCGCAGAUUCCGGUUUUUAAGAGAUUGGGAAGUAUUCUGCCAGUUCCGAGAACUGGAAGAGAAAUGCUCCCGUUGAUGGGAGUACUCAAUGAGUAUUUUACCAAACAUCCCCGUUCAGUGGUAGCUCGCGACUUGAGUAUGUUGGAACAGCUUUGCAGAAUGAUGAUUCCCGGACUUCAAAAGAUUAUGUCUAAGCGACCAAAAUGGUUUUUACCGGAUCAAAUCAAAAGAGCAAGACCAACAUUUCGAGUUUUCGAUGACGGAGAACAAGUAUUCGUCAUAGUACAUGAACUUGAGAAAGCCAUGGAAUACAAGGUGGAGGUCGCAAAUCCUUCAUUAAUGAAAAAUUGUGUCGAGACCAUGGACUUUGCUGAUGUCGACAUGAUUAUGGCGAGCACGGGAAGAUUGCUGAAUAAUUUUUAUUGUGUUAAAUCAUCCAUCCGACGCACGAAGCACACCGCCGUACCGGUCCGCUUGUCGAACGGAAAGUUUUGCAAACUUUCAUCCGAUGUGCUCUUGGAGCAUCUCAGAGACAUGUUUUUUGGCUCGCUGGCGUUUCAGUCACCAAACAAAGAAACCAUGCCAUUCUUGGAUAAUUAUAUGGAUUCUCUCGUUAAGAUUUUCAAGCCAUAUGCUCAAGGCAUCUACUUCCUCGAAGAAUCAGUGAUUGACAGUGUAGAUUCGACAUUUUCAACAGCUUUCGCAAAACCGGAAACCACAAAAACGAUCCGAGACGUUGCUCCAAAAGGGUUCACAAAUGAAGACGUUCGCGCCGAGAUCGAAUACCUAGGCUUGCUGGGAUUCCGGAACAUCCGCAACUACGCAGAAAUUGCUUACAAAAAGGUGGUCGCCGAGAAGAUGAAAAGAACUCUUAGAACCUGUGAUAUGUACGAUGCAGUAGAGAUCUGUCUGAUGCUUGCAGUGUUCAAUGGAUAUCCUAAGCUAGCUGCAUUCCUUCACACCCAAAAGGCGUGCCACCGAAUUCACGGACUUGAAUGUAAGAAGUGUGAGGACGAGAAGAAGCACCCGUCGAGGUACAACUGGUUGUGUGAUGAAGUGAAGAUGAAUAUGAAAACGACUCGUACGAGGAACAAAAAGUUCCACGCACAUCUGCAAACAGGGCGGCUAAGAAUAAAAGGAAGAGGGAGAACAAGAAAUUGAGAAUGGCACAGGAAAAAGCUGAACUUGAGAAAGAUAAUGUGAAGGUCCCAGAUCCAUCUUCAGCAUCGUCUCCAAUGGUUGAAAAACCUCUUCACCAAACUCUUCUAGGCUUGUUCGCAGCCCAAGAGCGUCUGAAAAAUGAGAAGCCGUUGGAAAAAGCUGGAACUAUGGCUAACAAGUUGAUUGCAAUGAGCACUGAUCCUGCUGUGAAGAGCUCUGCGGAGUAUGAGCUGGAAAAGAUUACCGCUAAGUUCAAGGUGUACAUCAAGAUGGUAGAUCGCCACUUGGCCAUGCUUCAGAAAAAUCCAAACAUUGCUCCGGAGACACUACCAAAACUCCCCGAGUUCCCAGUAUUCUCUGCAAAGUUUUUGGAAGAUUAUUAUACCGUUACUAGAGGCCAACAAACUGUAGUCCACGAUGCAAUUUGCGCAAUCUGUCACGAUGAAAUCAUGACAAACGACAAGUCUGCAAUCAAGUGUGAACGAUGCACGAAGAGCAUCCACGAGAAAUGUGCCGCGCCAUUGCUCCAGCAGAGCGUCAUGUGUCCCACUUGCAAGCAGAGAAUGCUUCUCUUCUCAGAGUACCCAAAAUAUUCCAGAAAGAAGUAA